AUGGCCCCGGUUGUAUAAAAUCAAGCACCUAGGUAUGCAGACUGCUUCUACAAACAUUUGUGAAAGAAUGGGUCACUCUCAGGAGCUCAGUGAAUUCAAGCCUGGUACUGUGAUAGGUUGCCACUUGUGCAGUAAGACCAUCCAUGACAUUUCCUUGCUACUAAAAAUUCCACGGUCAACUGUUAGUGAUACUGUAACAAAGUGGAAGCAACUGAGAACAACAGCAACUCAGCCACGUAAAAUGACAGAGCAGGGUCAGCACAGUGCGGAGAAGUCACCAACUGUCUGCAGAGUCAAUAGCUGAAGACCUCCAAACUUCAUGUGGCCUUCAGAUUAGCACAACAACAGUGUGUAGAGAGCUUCACGGAAUAGGCUUCCAUGGCUGAACAGCUGCAUUCAAGCCUUACC